ACAUGCACCCAUACAAGAGAGAGUGCUAGGCAUCAAAACACACACCAUUCUCAUUCAUUCAGCCACAACAAAAAAGUAACUCCCUUUGAUUUCACACUUUGCUCAUUUUCGUUUUCUGAUUUUCCCACAUAAAUAAAUCUCUCCCUUCUUCUUCUCUUACACUCUUCUGUUUCAGCAAUCAAUCAAUUUCCCCACUAUUAGGGUUUUUCAUUUGAAAUGUGGAGAGCCAACAAUGGAGCCCCUUGAAUCCGAAUCGGUUAGCUCCUCCGCCAAGGACCCGCUAUUGGGUGAACCAUCUUCCUCUGUUCACCCCCUCGAUCAUGAUCCUCAACCCUCAGAUCUCAAUCACGUUACCCCGGUUGAUGAUGCACUUGGUGAGGAGCUUCAGGGGAAGUUGGAUUUGAAGGAUGAGGGUGAAAGUGAUAAUAAAGGUUCGAACUUGGAAGACGGGGGUGAAAAAUUGAGCGAGGAUAAAGGUUCGAACUUGGAAGAUGAGAGUGGAAAAUUGAGUGAUGAAGGUGCUGCCCCAGAAGGUGGCAAGGGAGAAGGGUGUGAUGGUGAUCUUGGUGGUGUUGCUAAUGACGAUGAUGGUGUUAUUGGUGAUGAUUUAGUUUCCGUUGCUGAUGAUGGUGGUGUUGUUCGUGAUGAUUUAGUUGGUGGUGUUGUUCGUGAUGAUUUAGUUGUUGUUGUUGAUGAUGGUGGUGUUGUUCGUGAUGAUUUAGUUGUUGUUGAUGAUGAUGAUGAUGGUGUUCGUGAUGAUGUAGUUGUUGUAGUUGAUGAUGAUGAUGGUUGGAAUGGUGGUGGUGAUGAGGGGUGUGAUUGUAUUGAGAAUGUGAAUGUGAAUGGGAGUGAGAGUGAUAAGGUGGGUGGAGAUGUUGAGGGAGUUAAGGAUGAGAGGAGCAGUGGUAGAGCUCAACAAUACCCUUUGAGGCCUGAGGCUGAAGACUGUGCAUUUUAUCUCAAAACUGGGACUUGCAAAUUUGGAUUCAAUUGCAAAUUCAAUCAUCCGCUUAGGAGGAAAAACCAGGCUAAAAAAGAGAAUGCGGGAGAAAGAGAAGAACAGGCAGAAAGAUCAGGCCAGAUGGAAUGCAAGUAUUAUUUAAGGUCUGGGGGGUGUAAGUUCGGAAAGGCUUGUAAGUUUAAUCACACAAGAGGAAAGAGUUCAUCAGCAUCCGCUGCCGAGCUUAACUUCCUUGGCCUGCCUAUUCGUGUGGGAGAGAAAGAGUGCCUCUAUUACAUGCGCACUGGCUCUUGUAAGUUUGGAGCAAACUGCAGGUUUAAUCAUCCCGAUCCUACAACUGUUGGAGGAGGUGAUUCUCCUUCUGGUUAUGGUAAUGGAAGUUCUAUUUCGUUACAAGGUGUAUCACAAUCAUCUAUAUCCUCAUGGUCUUCUACUAGACCAUUAAAUGAAUCUGCUCCUUUUGUGCCGGUGAUACUUUCACCUAAUCCAGGGGUUUCUCCCCAAAGUUCUGAAUGGAAUGGAUAUCAGGCACCUGUCUAUCUCUCUGAGAGGAGUCUGCAUCCACCUUCAACAUAUGUCAUGAACAACCCAGCUAUGGAAUCAAAUGUUUAUAUGCACCAUCAAAAACAAAUGCUGGUUGAAGAGUUUCCAGAAAGGCCUGGUGAACCCGAAUGCAGCUAUUUCUUAAAAACUGGGGAUUGCAAGUUUAAAUCUAAUUGUAAAUUUCACCAUCCAAAGAAUCGGAUAGCAAGAUUACCUCUAUGCAACCUCAGUGACAAGGGUCUACCUUUGAGACCGGACCAGAAUGUUUGCACAUAUUACAGACGUUAUGGAAUUUGCAAAUUUGGACCGGCGUGUAAGUUCGAUCACCCAGCGCCCUCAACUAUGGCUGGACAUGAUCAACAAUCCACAUAUAUAAACUCAGCUGGUGUUGAUGUGGCUGAAAAUGGAGGUGUCGAAGAUGGGAAUCAGCAGUCUGUGUAAAACAUUUUCUGGCUUUGAAUAUGCAUAUCACCCAUAAUUUGUAAUCUUAUCUAAAAACAUGAUAAAUUUAUUUAAUUUCACUAGUUAUGCUAAUGUGGCACAAGCCUUACAGAAUAGCAAUAUAUACGGCUAAUAGAAGUUUUAUUACAGUAACAUGUAGAUUAUUAUCUUUUUGCUUCUGGUGUGAUUUCUUUCACUUGGAUCAUUAUUAGAUUAUUAUGAUUUUGUGCUGGUGUAAAAUGGGUUGAAUGUUGUUUUUCUUGCUUUC